GUCAGCUGACUGGCAAAACUGAAACCGCCAUUACAGAGGAAUACCUGCCCUUCUCUCUCUCCCUCUCUGCCCUCGAUAGACCAGAGAUCCUGCUUCUCUCUCUCCUCUCGGUUGUCUCUAUCAGAUCUCUCUCUAACACGCAGUCCCAACUUCCACGCCCAAAGAGUACCCAACAUUCUCGAAUGCCACACCCUCAAUUCUCUCUCAUCCCCUGAGCCCAGAAACCCUAAAAAUGGACGUCCUCUUUGGUUCCAUCGACAUUCGAGACCUCCUCCCAAACCAUGACGAUGUUGACCUCCAGGAGUCCCCUCUAUCUGCACCCGACCUCCGCCUCCUAAUUGACACCCUCAACACUCGCUCCCUCCACAUAAAAUAUAGUGUCCAUCGCUACCUCCUCGACCAUCGUCAACAUUUCUCUGCCAUUUUUGCCCAGGCCUCCAAUGCCUCCUCUGUGUCUUCAGAGCUUGAAACCCUAAUUCAAUCCUGUGAUUUUGAUGCACCCUUUGUUACAGAGAUCGAAACCUUGGCCUGCGAGGCCAAGGCCAAGGUUCGAGAGCUCAAGGAGAAGAAGGAGGCGCUUGAUUUGGUUAGAGUUUUGGCAAAAUUGGUUGAGAAACUAAGGUUUGUGGAAGAUGAUAUUUUUUCUGCUCGUAUGGAGAAGGCGGCAGAGGGUCUAAUAGAGUUACAGGGUUUGCUUGUAGUGAGAGAGGAGUGGAAGGAAGCAGGGGAAAUUAGGGUUUUGGACGAGGAGAACGAGCCUGUAGUUUUUGGUCUGCUACGAAACAAGUGGAUGUCCUGCUUCAAAGAGUUGCAAAAGGCACUUGGGGUGCUUCUGGAAAAUGCUGUUCAAUUUGAAUUGGAAGGCUCAAAGUUGAGAAUCAGGCAUUGCUCAGGAAUGUUGCAUGGUCAUGAAACUGAGUUAUUUUCAGUUAUGAGAGCUAUGGAGAUAGUUGGCAUUCUUGGUAAUGGGUUUGCAAAGAUUGCAGAUUUGUUGAUCAAGCAUGUUGUGAUUCCUGUUGUAAGUGCCUCUGCUGAUGUUUUUGUAGAAGUAUUAAGUCAGGACGAGGCAGUUCUCUGUGUUGUUCCACAUCCAGAUUCUCAGCCAGAAAACUUGGAUGGUUCUGCAAUUUAUUCAAGGCUUAUUGAAAUUAUUAAAUUUAUUCACGGUUUCAUUUGCUUCAAAAAUGGUAACUGGAUUGGAAAUCUGGGACGGUUAACAUGGCCAAGUAUUUCUGAGGCGGUUAUCACAAGCUUUAUUUCCAAGGCUGUCCCUAAUGAGGCUUCGAAGGUCGCUGAGUUUCAAAGCAUUGUUAAGAUGACAGCAGAAUUUGAGGCUACUUUGAAAGAACUAAUGUUUAUAUCUGCAUCUGAUAGCAAGGAUGAAAGAUUGAGCAAUUUUGCUCAAAAUGUGGAGGUCCAUUUUGCAACUAAAAAACGGAAUGAAAUUUUGGCAAGAGCUAGAAAAUUACUUGUACAAUCUGAAAUUGAUGUUCCUUUGGAGCAUGCAGCUCGAGUGACUUCAAAGAAUCGAGUUGACUUGCUUUUCCAAUCUGAAAGGUGCACUGUGUCCUCGGCAGCAACUCAGUUAAUGGAAUUAGUGCAUCAAACAUUACAGAAUGUCUGCAUGUCACCGAUGAGAGUGGCAAUGGAAUUCUACCAUGCUGCACGCGAUGCUCUUCUUCUCUAUGAAGUCAUAGUUCCAGUCAAGUUGGAGAAGCAAUUGGGUACUAUCAGUCGUUCUGCUAUACUCAUGCAUAAUGAUUGUUAUUAUUUAUCUCAAGAAAUUCUCGGGCUUGCUUAUGAGUAUCGUGCAGAUUUCCCUAGUGGCAUCAAAGAACGGGCCGCAUUUGUUGACUUGGCUCCAAGAUUUCAUCAGCUUGCGGAGGAAGUACUUCAAAGACAAAUUCAGUUAGUUUUGUUGAGUUUGAAAGAGGCUAUAGAUGGUGCUGAUGGAUUUCAGAAUACCCAUCAGCCGCCACAGUGUGAAUCUACGAAGUUUUGUAUUGAUCAGGUUGUUUUCAUCCUUGAGAAAGCACGGAUUUUGUGGGAACCACUGUUAUUGCCAUCCACAUACAAGAAAUCAAUGCUUACUAUCUUGAGUUAUGUGUUUGAAAGAAUAACCAAGGAAAUCCUCUCUUUAGAUGACAUUGCAGCUGAUGAGACCCUACAGCUCCAGAGUUUGAUCUAUAUGGUAAUAGACAACUUGUCUUCAGUAGUGGAGGAACUUGUACCUGAAGUCCAAGGUUCUUCAGAGGUUCAUAUGUGGAAUCAAUUGGAAAAGUUGAUCUCCUCUUUAAGUAAACUUCGGAAACUAGCAGAUCUCUUGGAUAUGCCUUUAAAGACCAUUACGACCUUGUGGGAGAGAGGAGAACUAGUUAGUUGCGGUUUUACUUUAUUAGAGAUUCAAAAUUUUGUCAAAGCAAUAUUUGCAGAUUCACCCCUUAGAAAGGAGUGCUUUAGGAGGAUUGAAAGCUUCAACUUAGAAGCACAAUAGAAUUUUGCAAUGAUCCACUUUCCCUUGGAUUUGGAACUUUGUAUUCGUCUAUGAAGGUGAUGUGCCUUACUGAUAUUGCGUCGAGUCAAGCUAAGUUAUUGCAUAGUCGACUGGUCGAAAAUAGAAAAAGUCAAAAGGGAAAAGCAUAUGUUCAUCUUUCUUCCCCUUUUGUGCAGAAGCAUGUCUCUUGUACUGGAAAGCAAAAUGCAUAUCUAAAAUGGUCUGCAGCAGUAAGCCAAUAGGGAGGCCCUUGUACAUUAAUGACCGAAAUAUGAAGUUUCAGGAUAGUGAUAUCGAUUGUAAAAUGUAAAAAGCAAAGCAGAGAUUAUUCGUAUAAUGAUAGAUUGACUGACGUGGUUCUUCUCAUCCAGUAAAGCUUCCAUAUUUCUCUGAAGAGGGUUUUUGGGACUGGUUUACCCAUUUGGGGGAUAAAUCCCUUGUUACCAGUGAUUUGUACUGAAUUUUUUUUUUUUUGUUGAACUUUGGCUCAGUGUCCUUCCUUCCUGUCACCUUACUAAUAUUUUGCUUGUAAUAUGAUUUUGAGACAUUGAUACUGCUUUUGAGUAUACUUGUUGGAGCCGUUUGGA